AUGUACGUGAGCUACCUCCUGGACAAGGACGUGAGCAUGUACCCCAGCUCGGUGCGCCACUCGGGCGGCCUCAACCUGGCGCCGCAGAACUUCGUGAGCCCCCCGCAGUACCCGGACUACGGCGGCUACCAUGUGGCGGCGGCGGCCGCGGCGGCCGCGAACUUGGACAGCGCGCAGUCACCCGGGCCGUCGUGGCCCGCUGCCUACGGCACCCCGCUCCGCGAGGACUGGAACGGCUACGCGCCGGGGGGCGCCGCGGCCGCCGCCAACGCCGUGGCGCACGGGCUCAACGGAGGCUCCCCGGCCACCGCCAUGGGCUACAGCAGCCCCGCCGACUACCACCCGCACCACCACGCGCACCACCAUCCGCACCACCACCCGCACCACCCGGCCGCCGCGCCUUCCUGUGCCUCGGGGCUGCUGCAGACGCUCAACCCCGUUCCUCCCGGGCCCCCCGCCCCCGCCGCCGCCGAACAGCUGUCCCCGAGCGGCCAGCGGCGGAACCUGUGCGAGUGGAUGAGGAAGCCCGCGCAGCCGUCGCUCGGAAGCCAAGUGAAAACCCGGACAAAAGACAAAUACCGAGUGGUGUACACGGACCACCAGCGGCUGGAGCUGGAGAAGGAGUUUCACUACAGCCGCUACAUCACCAUCCGCAGGAAAGCCGAGCUGGCUGCCACACUGGGACUCUCCGAGAGACAGGUGAAAAUCUGGUUCCAGAAUCGUCGUGCCAAGGAAAGGAAAAUCAACAAGAAGAAGUUGCAGCAGCAGCAACAGCAGCAGCAGCCACCACCCCCCUCUGCACCACCCCAGCCCCCACCAGGCCCCUUGAGAAGCGUCCCGGAGCCUCUGAGUCCUGUGUCUUCCCUCCAAGGCUCUGUACCUGGUCCUGUCCCCGGGGUCCUGGGUCCAGCCGCAGGGGUAUUGAACCCCACAGUCACCCAGUGA